AUGGCAUCACAAAGCGUGCUCAACGGAGUCAAUGGCCUCUCCUCAGCCCCCGUGUUGCCGGUGACGCCUCUCCCCUCCAGCUUCCGGAUCCAACCCCAAGACGAGCGGCUCAAGCGUUGUUCCGCUGCCUCCUCAGCAGCCCCAGGCACAGCCAGGUCGCCAUCUGCCGCCGCCGCCGGUGCCGCGCCGAGCACCACGAUCCCACCGCUCAGCGUGCUGUCCAACUUCGCGGGCACGUUCCACGGGACGGGAUUCAACACCAUCUUCCGCCCGAACAAUGGCACUGCCAGCAACACGACGUUCCCCAACCCGGUCUCCCCCCCGCCGCCGGCCGUGCCCAACGACAACACGCUCGAGCUCAACCUAACCCAGGAGACCUUGACGUUCCAGCAGCCCCUGGGUAACGUGCCCAACCGCGGCUCCGGUACCCAGGGCGACAUCUUCCUCAACGGCGUGCCCUACACCCAGGUCAUCAACGACGUGGUCAACCCGGCCACGGGUAAAGGGGACGGUACCCCCUCGGGCAUCCACUUCGAGCCGGGUCUGUGGAUGCACGUCCCGGCCACGACGACCGACCCCGUCGUGCCCGAGUCGCUGAACCGCAUGGGCUCGAUCCCGCACGGGACCACGAUCAACGCGCAGUGUCUCGACCCGACGUCCAGCGUCGGCACGGUGCCGGGCCCGCCGAUUAUCGCGGCCGUGGACAUCACGCCCACCGUCAUCGCGACGGGCAAGAAGUUCAGAUUUCCCUCCCAGACCGCCGCCAGCACCGACACGGCGCGCCUGCCGCAGGAUCUGACCGCCUUCAUCGCCGCGGGCACCAUCACCCAAACGAUCCUGGACGACCCGGCCACGGUGCUCCGCGAGGCCAUCGUCGGCCAGAACAUCACCCAGACCAUCUUCUUCACCGUGUCCACCACGCCCGUCACGCCCGAGCUGGGCGGCGGUGUCGCGAACACGGGAUUCCUGAUCGGCGCCCCCGCUGGCAGCGCGGGCGCCACCGGCACGGACACCGCUACGGGUCCCAACGCCCAGGCCACCCUCAUGUGCGCAACCUUCUGGAUCGAGACGGUGCAGUACGAAAUCACCGUGCCGGCGUGGAAGCCCGGCCACCCGGCGCUGCUCAUUCCGGGGCCCGUGCCUGCCGGCAACACCAGCGGCGUGCCGACGCCCACCUUCCUGGUGCAGCCGCCGCACGAGAUCACCGUCCCCACGACCAUCUCCGUCACGGCCACCCAGAUCCAGUACUCGCAGCUCGUCAACCUCGUGUUUGCCGGCUUGAUCUGGCCGCACGCGUCGCUCGCCACGUUGGUGCCGCAGAGUCCGGUACCGGUUCCGGCCUCGGCGUUUAAGCACAGCACCACCGUGGCUGCGAAUGGGAGCAGCUAA